AUUCUAUUUCUUAUCCCAGGCCCAUGUGGCGUAUAAACGAGAACCAUGAGGCGAUUUUUAGUUUUUUAAGUGUUUUCAGAGAAGAGAGCUGCUUUCUUUGCUUUGCUUGUUGCACUCUGCUGCUAGGACUCGAAGAAAAUGGCUGAGAUUAAGGCAGAUGCUACUCAUGAGCACCGUCUGAUAGUAGCCGAAGCUGAUAUUUCUCAUCAAAAACUCCACAAGCCAGGGCGUGUCGCUUCACUUGACAUCUUUCGAGGCCUCACGUUCGCGUUAAUGAUUUUGGUUGAUGAUGCUGGAGGAGAAUGGCCAAUGAUUGGACAUGCACCAUGGAAUGGUUGCAAUCUGGCUGAUUUUGUUAUGCCAUUCUUUCUAUUUAUUGUUGGGAUGGCAAUUCCUCUGGCUCUAAAGAGAAUAAUAAACAGGGGUCAAGCUGUCAAGAAAGUGAUUUUCAGAACUCUAAAACUCCUCUUUUGGGGUGUCCUAUUACAGGGAGGUUUUUCUCAUGCUCCUGACAAACUGACUUAUGGUGUUGACAUGAAGGAAGUAAGGUGGUGUGGCAUCCUCCAGAGAAUUGCUUUUGCUUACCUAAUAAUGGCGCUGGUGGAAAUCUUUACAAAAGAAGACACAAAACCUAAGGAUCUGCCACCUGGCCAGUUCUCUAUGUUCAGGUUAUAUUGUUGGCAUUGGCUGGUAGGAGCAUGUAUACUUGUUAUUUACUUGUCUGUAAUUUACGGGACAUAUGUCCCUGAUUGGCAGUUUACCAUAAAUAAUAGAGAAAGUGCUGAUUACGGGAAGAUUUUCAAUGUAGCCUGCAAUGUUAGAGGAAAACUGGAUCCUCCUUGUAAUGCAGUUGGGUAUGUUGACAGAAAAAUCCUAGGAAUUGCCCACAUGUAUCAUCGUCCAGCUUGGAGGAGAUCUAAGGCCUGCACGGAGAAUUCCCCAUAUGAGGGUCCUUUCCAAAUUGAUGCUCCGUCAUGGUGCCAUGCACCUUUUGAACCUGAAGGAAUUCUAAGUUCAAUCUCUUCUGUUCUCUCUACUGUCAUUGGAGUUCAUUUUGGACAUGUGCUUGUGCAGUUGAAGGCUGAUUCCAGUAGGCUAAAGCAUUGGACAUUGGUGGGAGUUGCUCUUCUUGUCUUGGGGUUUGUUCUUCACUUCACACAUGCUGUUCCCUUAAAUAAACAGCUGUAUACUUUUAGCUAUGUUUGUGUAACAUCUGGAGCUGCAGCCUUGGUGUUUUCUGCUAUCUAUGUUCUGGUUGAUAUUUGGGGUUUGAAGUUCAUUUUUCUGCCAUUUGAAUGGAUUGGCAUGAAUGCGAUGCUUGUUUAUGUUAUGGCUGCUGCAGGCAUCUUUGCUGGCUUUAUUAAUGGCUGGUAUUAUGAUGAUCCCCAUAACACAUUGAUAUAUUGGAUUAAAAAGCAUAUUUUCAUUGGAGUUUGGCACUCUCAAAGGGUAGGUAUUCUACUAUACGUUAUUUUCGCGGAGAUUCUCUUCUGGGGUAUCGUUGCAGGCGCAUUGCACAGCCAAGGAAUUUAUUGGAAGCUUUAAGGACUCAUCUGAAUCUGAUGUAUAUUUUGUCUAAGUGGUGCGGGUCCUGUGGAUUGUGUAUGAUUAGCCGCUUUGUGUAUUGUGUGCCUUUUUAGUCGCAUUAUAAAUUUGUAUGGCCAAUAUCGUUGUAGCUUAUAUUCCAUUCUAUCGACUUCUAUUUAACACUUCUCUGUAUAAAUUGAUAAAUUUCUUCAUAGUUGCAAGCAAA